UUAAGUCGUCAUUAUUCGAAUCAAUUGAUUAUGGUCAGAUCAUAUGUUUUCGUACUAUGCAUGCUUUUUUCAAUUCAAAUGUGACGUCACAGUACAUUCUUUUAAAAAAGAACGAAAACUAAUGAGACAAGGAUAUACAUGUAUUCAGAGCAAAAGUAAAUAUGAAACAAAUGUUGAAGAACUAUUUUUGUUUUAUAGUGACCGGUUUUAUUACUUUCAUUCCCACAAGAAUUGAUGGAGAUUUUAACAAAAUGACAGAAAGAAAAGAACUACGGAAUAAACAUUUACAAGGCAAUCUGGUUAAAUCUAUGACGACAGAGACCAAUAUAGAGUGCUUUAGACAAUGUACCAAACUUACCCAAUGUUCAGCAAUGUCUUACAACAAACAAAAUAAGAUCUGUUAUAUGUACUCUAGGUUAAAUACAUAUUCAGAUGUAACCGCGGAAGAUGGAAGGAUGUACUAUUUGAAAGAUGUAAACAACUGUCUGACAGAAGAAGGAUAUUCAUACAAAUCAAGUGUCAUGCUAUGUAUUAAGUUUUAUAAUGUUAAAGUAAUAUACCAUGAUGCUGUUUCAACAUGCCAAUCACAAAAUACAUCACUGGUCAAAAUAGACAGCCAAGAAAAACAAAACGUUUUGUAUUCCUAUUUAGUAGUUGAUGAACAAUUCAACGCGGGUCAUAUAUACUUGCAAGGGAACAGAGUCCCGAAUACAUCAGAAUGGGUAUUUGAUGAUGGAACCCCUAUAACAUACUUACCGUGGAAUCUAGGACAACCAGAAGCGUAUGAUCAAAUGUAUUUAUGCGCAUUAGCUCAAGACAAGGGAAUGUGGCAUGACUGCGUCGGGACACAAUUAUUUGGAUUUGUUUGUGAACGAAAUUUGUUCUAGUUUGAAGAAAGAUGACAUUUGUCUUUAAUUGAUCAUAGUAAUGAACUUCUGACUCGACGCUCGGGUGAUGAAAAAGAAACUCUUGUUAGACUAGUGUUUCAUUACAUA